AUGGUCUGCUGGCUGUCCACACUCGUAUUCAUCAUCCUGACUACAGCUUCCCAACCUACAGUGGGAUGUCCCUCUGGUUGCCGCUGCUACAGUCUUACGGUGGAGUGUGGCUCCUUUGGAAUCAAAGAAAUCCCACAAGGUGUCCCCACCUUCACUGAGACAUUGUUCCUCCAGGACAAUGCUAUUGUGCAUAUCCGUCUUCAGGAUCUGACUCUGCUGGACAGCCUCCAUUACCUUUACCUCCAGAAUAACAGCAUUUCAGCUCUGGAGCCAGGAGCAUUUCUCAGCCAGGGGCAGCUACUAGAGCUCGCCCUGAAUGGAAACCUCAUCCAUCUUGUCACCCCAGAGAUGUUCCAGGGUUUGGAGCAUCUUCGGAUUCUUUAUCUUGCGGGCAACCAGAUCACUCGAGUACAGGACAACACCUUCAGGGGACUGCAGCGCCUCCAGGAACUCCAUUUGCAGGAAAAUAGCAUAGAGGUACUGGCAGACAAAGCUCUGUCUGGAUUGUCAUCUCUGGCUCUACUGGAUCUCAGCCAAAAUCACCUCCACACCUUGGGAGCCUCAUCACUCAAACCACUUGUCAGUCUGCAGGUGCUGCGAGUCACAGAAAAUCCAUGGCGAUGUGAUUGUGCUCUUGGCUGGCUAAGGACAUGGAUCAGCGAGGACGGACAGCGGCUGUUAAGCACUGCUGAGCAGCGUCGUCUAAUGUGCUCGGAGCCACCUCGUCUUUCCCACCUCAGCCUAGGGGAGGUUGCUCCAAACAGCCUGGUUUGCAUCCCCCCUGUUGUACAGCUUGAGCCUAGUCAUCUAACUGUUAGACUCGGGGAGAGCCUUCGAGUCUCAUGUCAAGCCUCAGGAUAUCCUCAGCCUCAAGUGACUUGGAAAAAAUCUUCCAAUGGCAAGGCCCAGUUGUCUCCACGAGGCUUGGUUCAAGAGCUGGGGCCCAAUGGUGAACUUUUCCGACCUGGUGUUGGAGGAGUUGUGACGGCCCUGCCUAGCAGUGGGGGUAUAAAGACUGGUGGAAUCAACGGGCUUGUGCGUGGGACCGAGGAGGGGGGUGAGAGAGACAGUUUCGACCCAGACAUGGGCAGCGGCAUGCUCUUUCUCAGCAAUGUGACGGUUGCACAUGCUGGUCGUUAUGAGUGCGAGGCAUGGAAUCCUGGUGGUGUAGCAAGAGUUACAUUUCACUUAGCGGUCAAUAUGUCUUCAUCCUCAUAUUCGUCACAAUUCUGGCCUCAUUUAAACACACACUCAUCAGUUUCAUCUUCAUCUAAUUCAUUCUUCCAUCCAAAGGUUGUGGAUGUUAGCCAGAAGCCACUUUAUGAGCAAGACAGCAUGGACUUUAGUGCUCUUGGCCCAGCCACACAAACCGCCAUCGCUGUUGGCAUUUCCUUACUAGCACUUACUGCUAUUCUACUCUUGAUUAUGAUUUACACACGUCACCAGCAAUACCAUAAAGACGAAGUGGAGUCCUACUGUACCAGCAAAGAAGAGAGCAUUAUCUAUGUAAAUGAUUACUCUGACGGACCCACCACUUUUGCACAGCUGGAGGAGUACAGUGAUGACCAAGGUCAUGAGAUGUAUGUGCUUAACCGAGCAAAGCCAGUUGGGUCCGCCUCAGUGAGGUGUCCCAUGAUGGGAGGGUUUGCCCCACAAAGAAGCAUGAAAGAGGCGCUCCUGGAUCAUCAAGUGAUUCAGACCCUUUCCAGAUCAGGAGGGAUGGAGGUUCGAAGAAAUCCAGGAGAUGGCGGUGAGGGGCCACUAACCACUGACCCAGAGGAAGUCUUCCUCAGCCAGAGUCUCAUUUUUGGAUCACAGCUUGCUUAUGAAAUCCACUGUUAA